AAGUUCCUGUCGUUUGCUUAGCUGGGAUAGCUUCGCCAAAAGGAUCGGAACAACACUGUCAUCCACACUGAGGCCGACCCACAUCUCGGUCAAAUUGGAUCGCAGGCGCCGGUAUAGUGGGCCGCGUUACUGUACGGGCGCGGCUUCACGCCUCAUCCACCUUCCCUCCUAUCCGCGGCCGGCAACCGUCCCUGAACCUUCCGUCCCCCUUCCUCUCAGCUUCUCUAAUCCUUGGCCAUAUAAGCACCGUGGAGUCGGAGGGAGCAUGUUCAUCUCAGCUUUCUCGUCCCGUUGGAUUUGGUAGCAUUCGUUGCUUUGAGCCUCUGUUUUAGCCAAUGGAUUGCACUACGCUUCUCAUCGCUUCCGGUCGCCGCGUGCCCCACAGGCGAUGGCGCGUUGCCUUCGCCAUGAUCUGCUCCUGCCGCGCCAUAUACUCCCUCGCGAAGAAGCAGUUCGCUAGCGUGCUCCGCAGCCCCUCCUUCGUCGUCCUCGAGGUCAGCGCCGAUGAUGACGCCGAUCACCGAUCGAAACCGUCCUUCUCCCACGUCGAGACCGACAGCCUCAAGUCUCUCGUCAAGGAGCGGAGGCUCGAGGACCUGCGCCGCCUCGGCGGGGCCGCCGGUCUCGUCGGUACGCUGGACUCUGAUAAAGAGGCUGGCAUAAUCGGCAGCGGCAAUGACCUCCGAGCCCGGAGGGAGGCCUUCGGCUCCAACAGUUACCCCAGGCCGAAACCCAAGGGAUUCUUCCGGUUCCUCUACGAGGCGCUCAACGACUUCUUCCUUCUCAUCCUAAUGGGCUGCGCCAUCGUCUCUCUCGCCUUCGGCAUUAAGGAGCACGGAAUCAAAGAAGGGUGGUACGAUGGCGCCAGUAUUUUCCUGGCCAUCAUCUUGGUCUCCGUCGUCUCCGCCGUCAGCAACUUCCGCCAGACGAAGAGGUUCGACAGAUUGUCCGCCGAAUGCAACGACAUCAACGUCAGCGUCGUCCGCGACGGGCACCGGCAGGACGUCUCCAUCUCCGACGUCGUCGUCGGGGACGUCGUCUUCCUGAAGAUUGGCGACCAGGUGCCGGCCGACGGAAUCUUCCUCCAAGGGCAUUCUCUACAGAUCGAUGAAUCGAGCAUGACGGGCGAGAGCGAUCCCGUCGAUAUCGACGCCAGUAAGAACCCGUUCCUCACAUCCGGUGUCAAGGUCAUCGAUGGAUACGCCUCCAUGCUCGUCACCGGGGUCGGCAUGGACACGACGUGGGGGGAGAUGAUGAGCACCAUCACCCGAGAGACGUCGGAAGCGACGCCGCUCCAGGAGCGGCUCGACAAGCUGACGUCCAGCAUCGGGAAGAUCGGCAUUGUGGUGGCGGUCCUAGUCUUCGCCGUGCUUAUGAUCCGUCAUUUCACUGGGAGCACCAAGGACGAGAACGGGCAGCCCAAGUUCGACAAAGACAAGGCGACCGCCUCCAAUGUCAUCAGCGCCAUCGUGAGUAUUUUCCAGGAUGCAGUCACGAUCAUCGUGGUAGCGAUCCCGGAAGGGCUGCCGUUGGCGGUGACGCUGACGCUGGCCUUCUCGAUGAAGAGGAUGAUGAAGGACAACGCCAUGGUUCGGAUGCUUUCAGCCUGCGAGACGAUGGGCUCGGUGACCACCAUUUGCACCGACAAAACAGGAACGCUGACGCUGAAUCAAAUGAAGGUCACCAAAUUUUGGAUUGGCAACGAAGAAGGCGGUCCAAUGGGCAGCGGCGGCAGCACCCCCUUCGUCGCUCCAAGAGUUCUUUCGUUGCUUCGUCAAGCAGUCGGGCUGAACACUACUGGCAGCGUCUAUCGAGCUAACGCAACGGCAGAGCCAGAAAUCUCAGGUAGUCCGACCGAGAAGGCUCUUCUUUCAUGGGCAGUCUUGGAUCUUGGCAUGGACAUGGGGGAAAUGAGGAGGAAGUGCAGCGUCAUUCAUGUCGAGGCCUUCAAUUCCGAAAAGAAGCGAAGCGGAGUUCUGGUGCAAGAGGAAGGGAGCAGAGCAACGAUAACACACUGGAAGGGAGCUGCCGAGAUGAUCUUGAUUCGAUGCUCGCACUACUUCGACAGGAACGGGAGCGUCCGAGAUAUAGACGCUGAGUCGAGGAUGAAGUUUGAGGAGGUUAUCAGAGGCAUGGCUUCCUCUAGUCUUCGGUGCAUCGCCUUUGCCUACAAAGACACAGAAGCAGAGGAUCAUCUCCAUGUUGAUCAAGAAGAGACUCCGAGGUUAGAUGACGACGGGCUCACCUUGCUGGGUUUGGUCGGCCUGAAAGACCCGUGUCGUCCCGAGGUGGAAUCAGCGAUCGGUGCUUGCAGGCGCGCCGGAGUUGCCGUCAAAAUGAUCACAGGGGACAACGUGUUCACAGCCAGAGCCAUCGCCGUCGAGUGCGGGAUAAUCGGAGCCGAUGACUCUGGUGGAUCGGUUGUCGAAGGGCAGGAGUUCAGAAAUUAUUCGGCAGAGGAGCGAAUGGAGAAAGUCGAUCAGAUCCGAGUCAUGGCGAGGUCGUCUCCUUUCGAUAAGCUGCUCAUGGUGCAGUGCUUGAAGGAAAAGGGCCAUGUCGUCGCAGUCACCGGAGACGGGACCAACGACGCACCGGCACUGAAGGAAGCCGACGUGGGGCUGUCGAUGGGCAUCCAAGGCACCGAAGUCGCGAAGGAGAGCUCAGACAUCGUCAUCCUGGACGACAACUUCAGCACGGUGGUCACCGUCAUGAGAUGGGGAAGGUGCGUCUACAACAACAUCCAAAAGUUCUUACAGUUUCAGCUCACGGUAAACAUUGCCGCACUGGUCGUCAACUUCGUGUCCGCCAUCAGCACCGGCGAAGUUCCAUUGACGACCGUGCAACUCCUGUGGGUGAAUCUGAUCAUGGACACCAUGGGUGCUCUGGCUUUGGCCACCGACAAACCCACCAAGGAGUUGAUGACGAAGCAGCCGGUAGGCCGGACGGAGCCGCUCAUCACCAACAUCAUGUGGAGGAACCUGGCAGCACAGGCCACGUUCCAGAUUGCAGUGCUGCUGGUGUUUCACUUCAGAGGGGAGUCCAUAUUUGGGGUGAGCGAAGAGGUGAACAACACGUUGAUCUUCAACACCUUCGUCCUCUGCCAAGUCUUCAAUGAAUUCAACUCGAGGAAGCUGGAAAAGAAGAACGUGUUCGAGGGGAUGCAUCAGAACAAGCUCUUCCUGGGGAUAGUGGCGGUCACCAUAGUCUUGCAAGUCAUGAUGGUGGAGUUCUUGAGGAAAUUUGCAGACACGGUGAGGUUGGAUUGGGGACAGUGGGGGAUCUGCCUUGGCAUUGCGGCUUUCUCAUGGCCGAUUGGUUGGCUCGUCAAGUGCAUCCCGGUUUCUGACACCCCAUUUCUGGAGCUGGUCAUCCAUCACAUUAGAGCGAGUAGGAUACCUUCAUGUCUAUAGAUUCAUGCAUGUCUUCUUUUGUUAUUUUAUUUGUUUUAUUUUUCCUACAUAAUUGUUAUAUUUGAUUCAUUUGAUUA